AUAAUACUUAUUUAUCUAUAUCUUUAUAUAAAUAUUUUUUAAAUAUGGGUAAUAGAGAAAAAGAUAAAGAGAAAGAUAAAGAAAAGGAUAAACAUAGAAAUAAAGAUAAAGAUAGAGAUAGAGAUAAAGAUAAAGAACGAUCAAGAGAUAGAACAAAAGAUAAAGAACCGUCAAGAGAAGGAUCAAAGGAGCGUGAUAAAGAAGAAAAGAAAAGAAAAGCAAAUUUACUUGAAAGCAGUUCACCAAAAAAACAAAAGGGUUCAAUAGAUUUGUCAUUAGGAACAUCAUUAGUUGCAAGAAACAUACCUGAUCAAAUUUCAAUUUCAAGAAAGGGAAAUAGACAGUAUAUUCUCACACCUGAAACAUUUUUUGAUUUAAAACAAUUUUCAUUGCAAAUAAUUAAAGAAAAUGAGGAAACUGUAGACCAAGAUAUUUUGUUUUCAGAUUUAUCAAACAAUUCAAUAGAAGAUGAGAGUAGUUAUCAAAAUUUUUUACAAACUGCAAAUAGAAAUGUAAUGAUUAUUUAUUUCAAAGGCGAAAGCAUUUUAGAUAAUGGAGGUGAGGAGAUUUUGGUAGAUGUUACACCAUCAAAAAACAUUUUAUUAAAAGCUGGUACAUCAGAAUACAAUUUCCCAAAUGCAAUUGCAGAGUUUGUCGAUAAUUCAAUUCAAGCAGUUAGAAAUAAUGAAUCAGGUAAUAGAAUUAUUAAAAUCAUUAUAAAUAGACCAAAUUCAACAACAAAAACUACAAGUAUCAGAUUUUGGGAUAAUGGUUGUGGUAUGUCAAAAGAUCAUUUACAAAGAUGGGCAACAAUGGGUCUUAGUCAAGCUGAUUUAGUUGAAAAUAAAAUCAAACAAGAAAGUGGUCAUAAUAGUGAUAAUGCAACAGGUUUAAUUUCAAGAUUUGGUGUUGGUGGUAAAAAAGCAGCAUUUUACUUAGGUUCUGAAGUUGUCGUUAAUACUAAGGUUCGUGGUAAUGAAUGGAUCAACCAAGCAAAAAUUUCUUUAGAUAUCUUAAAUUCAACUGGAGAUCAAGAAUGGAGAAUUCCAAUUAUUGUUAGAGAGGCUCAAUCCACAAGCGAGAAGGAACAUGAACAGUUCACCGAAGUUAUUAUUAAUAAUGUCCCAAUGAAUACCGAAACAUAUGAAACCCAAAUGGAGGCUCUCAAAAAAGAUUUAGCUCAUAUCUAUUAUUACUAUCUUCAUGACGUUGGUGAAGCUUCACAUUAUACAUUGGGCGAUAAUAAUUCACCAGUUAAAAAGUCAACAAAACCACCAACUACGACUACCACAACAACUUCAGCAAAUUUACGUAAAAGAACCAGUUUUACAGCAUCAUCUGCUUCACCUACAUCUCAAAGAGAAGAAAUAGUAAUAGAUGAUGAUAAUGACGAGGAGAAUAGCGAAAUCGAAGUCGAAGACGAUGAAGAGUAUGAAGAAAUGGAUGAAGAUGAAGAUGGUUCAAAAGAUAAACUUAAUGUUUCGAAAUUAAAUUAUAAACACGAAAAAAAGAAUUCAUAUAAAAUAACCUUAAAUGAUCAAGAUCUUUCAGAUGUCAACAAUUGUAUUGAGUCAUUAUAUAUUAAAUAUGGCAAAAAAUUCAAGAUAUUCGAAUUCUCAAUUCCAAUUAAAGAAUCUAAAUCUCAAGCUAAAGUUGUGUGUCAUUUGCGUUAUUUUCCAUUUGUCGAUGAACAAGAAACUAUGCCAAUUCCAAAUAGAAUUCUUCAAGAUAGUCCAAAGAUAGAUCUAAAGAGUUGUCCACUUUCACUUAGAAAACCAGGUUUCGAAGUAUUCUGGAAUGGUAGAUUAAUCUCUGAAGCUCAUAUCGAUCGUUUAGGUUUUAUGGCAGCUGGUAAAAUUGAUGGGUCAAAGAUUGAGGAUAAAUGGAUUCAAAGAGUCAAGGGUGCAAUAUUUUUAACUUCAGAAUUUCCUGUCACUCACAAUAAAAUGCAUAUCAUUAAAGAAUCACCAAUAUUCGAAUUGUUGGACCAACCAGUUGCUGGAGGUAAAACUGCAAAGACCAAUUGGAAAAAAUGGUUGUUACAAUGCCACAAGUUGGAUCAAGAUAUUCAAUUUAAAGAUCCAAAAUACGACUCAUCAUCAAAUAAAACUUUUUGUCAAGGUAUUGUUAUUCGUGGUCUUAGUAUCCAAUUAGGUGAUGCCGUUUCACUUGGAGUCCGUUCAGUUAAAGGUAUUGUUAAAAAUAUUUUCUUUACAGGUCGUCCUGAAUAUCGUGCAUCCGAUUUCUAUUGUGAAUUGGACAAGUUGCACUAUAAACCAUUGGAGCCUGAAAAUUUCCUUUGCUCCAAAAUCGUCAAAAAGAUUCCACCCAAUGAGUAUAAUUCAAUACUGGCCAACACCAAAAAGAAACUGCCACACAAGAUCAAAUUAUUCGAGGGUGAUAAAGCAUCAUUACCAAAGAAAGAAUAUUUCGCUGGUGACACAAUUAAAUGGGUAUCGAUUGCACUUUAUGAUGGCCAAUCACCUCCAAAAGAAGUUGAAAGAAAAAUUAUAGAAGAAGAAUGCUACAAAAUUACCUUUAGCUGUAUAUAUACCCCAACUGGAGAGGUUGUACAUAAAAUGGAGACCAGUGUGUUUUAUGAAUCGUCACGCGUAUCUUUUGGUGAUAUUAGAUGUUUCAAAAGAACCGGUGCCUAUAGUUUAGUAUUUGAAUGCAGCGACAAAAAAGUUAUUAAAGCAACUCACUUUUUAAAUGUUAUUGCUGGUAAACCAUCGGAAAUCAUAACAGAGUUUGAGGGUAUAGAAAAUAACGAACAAUUAUAUAAAGUUUCAAUCGGAAGUCCACUACCAAAGAUUAGAAUAUCAUUAUUAGAUAGCGACGGAAACGAAAUCGAUAUUCCUAACCGCCCAGAUUCCUUUAAAAUUAAAGCAAUUGUUGAAGAAACUGAUGAUGAUGACGAAGAUGAAGAAGAUGAAGAAAUACAAGAUGCUAAUAAACAAAAAAGAUCAAGAUCAUCAAAACGAAAAUCAACUAAACAAAAUGAAUUACAAAUUAAUCAUGAUGGAUAUAAAGUCGAUUUAGUCGAAGGUAAAAUUAUAGUUUCAAAUUUAAUUAUUAAAAGUGCAAGGUUGAAUGAUGAGUCAGAGUUACCCUUCUCAAUUCAAACAAGCUUUAAUGAUUUUGUUUCGAAACGAUCAUCAUGUAUCUUAACAUCAGGCGAUCCAUGUACAUUUACAUUUUUAGAGUUUUCAGGUUUAAUUGAUCCACCAAUAUCAGCCGAAUCUAAAGAAAACCUAGAUUCAGUCGAAGGUUAUAUGAAUUUAACCUAUUUACCAAAUUUUUAUAUUUUUGCAAACGAUAAAGAUUCAAAUAUUUGUCAUUUACAAUCAAAGCAAACAGCAUCCAGUUCAACACAGUUAUCACAAAACAAAGUAAGAAAGAAAAAGGAUUCGGUGCAAGCUAAAACAGAUGGUCCAUUUUAUCAUAUUUUAUUGUCAUCUCCAAGCUUUGAUGAAAAUAUUUACUAUGUUAGUGAUGAGUCUGGUAUGUUUUCGUUGUGUCCUUAUAAUAUAUCUAGUAUAACCAAAAAGAAUGUCCGAACUUCACCUCCACCAACCGCAAUUUUAUUAAAAGAACACGUAGAUAAACCCUUCGAAACUAAUGACAACGAUAUCGAAAUGUUAGAAACCAGAAAAACAAGAGCAAGUCGAUCAGCUUCAAAAUAUUCUCUUGCACCAAUUACAUUUACCUUAUUUAAAGAUCAUAGAGAAGUUUUUUCAUUGGAAAAGAAUAUUAAAGUUUUACCAUCAUUUAAACCAGCAUUCCUUGCUCUGCGUCCAUUAAGUGAAUUGUUGGUCGGUGAAAACGAAUCAUUCACAGCACCAGCCUCUGCCGAUGUCAAAUAUGGUAUUAAGGUCUAUAGUGCAGGUGGUGGUAAUAGAGGUCCAUUUCUUUUAAAUAACUUGAGUGGUACUUUUUCUACAUCAUGGGGCUCCUCUCAAAAUGAACCUUUCCAAAUGAACGGUGAUAUGAUUAUUUUACCAAAUAUUUCAACUGAUAGAAUGGCAAGAUUUUCUCGUUACACUGUAAAUAUCGAUAUUCCACUUUCUCAACAAACUGGAAAUGAGUUCAAGCAAUUGGCCGAUAAUAAAGGACAAAUUGUCUCAUUAAAAAAAGAUUUCUCAAUUCAAACAAUUGGUGGUGCUCCAACUCAUUUCACAUUAAACUUGGGCCGUGGUAUUAGCCACGCUCGUUGCGAUAGCGAGAUAACUUUAGAGGUUGGGUUAACAGACAAGAGACAUAAUCAAGUUUCACCAAAUAAUUUAAAAUCCGGUAUACCAAUUGAACCAUUCUUUGAAAUUACAAAUCAAAAAGGGCAAAUUCCAUGCUUUAUAAAGAAUCAAAAUAUAAGUGAAUAUGAUUACGAUAGAAACAUUUAUAUUUGCAAAGUCACAAUAGUUGGUUUUGGUAAAUUACAAGUCAAGGUUCUAGAUAAAAGUGGUCAAAUCAAUGAAACCUCACUUGCAUUAGAUUGCAUUGAGGGUCGUGCAGCUCAACUUCGUAUUAAUGGUGUUUCAAAAACUACAAUAAAAUGCUCUGGUGGUCAAUUAUUGGAUGAAAUUGUAUUUGUAGUUUGUGAUACCCAAGGUAAUCCAACUCUCAGUAUUACAGGUGUUGACACUGAAUUGGAAUGGAUUGAUUUGGAGGAUAGACAGGUUCCAAUUGACAUAAGAUCUCGUGUUAAAAUUUCAAAAGGUGAAGGUAAAUUAAGUAACUUGGAAAUCAAAACAAAUGCUCAAGAGGGUAUCUAUACAUUACGUGUUAAACCCAAGCAACUAGAUAUUCAAGAGGCUUUGGUUUCGUUUUUAGUUUCAGGUAAAUUCUCAAUAGUACUUUUAGAUAAAGAAAAGAUGCCAAGACUUACUGUUGGUACACCAUCAUGCACAUUCAGAGUUCAAGUUUUAAAUCCAGAAAAUGAACCUAUUGUUGUGCCCAAAGAAUCAAUGAAGCUUUUCUUCCAAAAGGUCUAUAUUUGUUCGGAGGUUCAAGAGGAAUCAAAACCAGUUUAUAUUUUUAGUAAUGUCGCUUUACCAAAGAAAGCAGGUUCUUCCGUUUUACAAUUUUCUCAUACAAUACGUAGUUCAAAGAAUACCAAAAUUCGUUCUGAAGAAACUAUUAUGAUUCAUCCACAUACCCCAUCUCGUUUAUCUUUUAGUGGUAUUAUUAAGUAUCAACCAUCAACAUCAAUAUUGGGUAAAGAGAUUGGUAUUUCAAUUACAGAUGUUUAUGAUAACAUUAUUUUCAUUCCAGGUGCAAUUAGAGCAACUAUAGAACAAUCAUCAAAUCAUAAAAUGAUACAGUCACAACCAUUAGCAUCAAUCAAAUUACCAGAAUUCAAAGAUCACGGCGGUAACGAAUAUAUUGAAAGAAAAUUUAAAGAAGCUGAUGGUGAAGCAACAUUUGAACAAAUAGAAUUAAUCAGCUCAAUUGGUAAUAGCGGUCUAUAUAAUUUAGUAUUUACACCACAGGGUCUCAAUGAUAUUGAAAUUGAACCAUUAUCAAUUGAAUUCUUUUUCCAAAACCAACAAGAAAAGCUCGAUAAACAGGUUAAACUUCAACAGCAAAGGGUAUCAUUCGAUGCAGAAAUUCAACAAAUCGAUAAAGAAUUGGAAAUAUUAAAGCAGGAGCAAACAUAUUAUUUUAAUGAAUAUAAAAACGUUAAAAGCGAAGCUGAUGAUCUAUUCCUCCGUAUUAAAUCAAUGAUACCACAUUUAACAGAAGAAUAUAAAACCAAUCCAGAAAUUGUAAAGAAAUUAAGUCAAGAUAUUUCAAAAGAAAUGGAGGAACUUUCAAAUAAACCACGUAGAAGAGCACCAUAUCCAUCCAAUCCAACAUCCAAAGAACUUUUAGAUUUAUCACGUCAAGAUUCAACAUCUGGUAUUAUUGGUAUCAUUAUGGAUUUAAUUUAUAUAGAAGAUGAUAAAUUGGCAAGAUACCUAUCAUCAUUCCUCAAGUUAAAAAUGGAAGGUGUAUUGUUUGAAAAUAAAUACUCUUUCGAAAAAUACUAUAACCACUUUAAAGAAAGAACCCAACCAGUUUUAUUUUUAUCACAUGACACACUCUUACCAUUUAGACCAAGAAGACCAAAAUACGGGAGCCAACAAGUCCCAUCACAACAUUUAAAAAAUCAGUUAGAAUUACAACCAUUCGAAGGUGCACCACUAAAUGGAUUCUAUGGCUUUGUUUGCAAUAUCUUACAAUUAAAAGAAAAACAUGAAUAUUUAAGAUCAACUCUCUGUUUCACAAUUUUUAGAGAAAUGAUGAUUUUCCAAACUCUUAGAAAUGGUUUAGACUAUAAACAAUAUUUAACAUCAAAAGGAAUCUCCUCACCACCAAUCCUAUGUUUAGAAAAUGGAGAAGUUCUUGAUGCCUCUGGUUUUGUUGAAGUAGGUAGAAACUCUUUAAGAACAAGAGAACAAUCUGCAAUUUUUGGUCAAUUGCCAAUUAAUGAAACUCCUCAAUAUCUAGAAUUAAAAUUUAAAAAGAACUGUGUGGAAGAAUUCAGAACAUUAAAAUCAAAAAUGCAUGUCACCAAGAAAACUUUUGAAGAGAAGAACUUAGUAUCGAAAAUCGAAAAUCUAUCAAAUCAAAGAAAAGAAAAAUCAAAUCAAUUAGAUUCAAUCAUUAAAGAAAUUCAAAAUUUUUAAUUUAUUUAAAAAAAGUAAUAUUAUUUUAAAUAUUAAAAAUUAAAAAAAUAAAAAAAAAACAUUGUAUAUUU